AUGGCUGGCACCGAGCACGACCAGUCAACGGAUAUCUUCUCCGCGGAUGGCCGUGUCUUUCAGGUCGAAUACGCCUGCAAGGCCGUCGACAACGGAAGCACAGCCGUUGCUGCGUGCUGCAAGGACGGUGUUGUGGUCGCGGUAGAAAAGAUUCUCACCAGUCGUAUGCUGGAGGCGAGGUCGAAUGACCGCAUACACGCCGUAGACCGCCAGGCCGGUGUCUGCAUCUGUGGCAUGCUUCCCGACGGACGCGCCGUGGUCACGCGAGCGCGUGCAGAGGCGGAGAACAGCCGUGAGGUAUUCGCCACCCCCAUUCCAGGGGCCGUGCUUGCGGCCCGCAUUGGCGAGUUUAUGCACGUUUACACCACCCACUACGCGUACCGCCCCUUCGGUUGCUCUGUUAUCAUCGCAUCGUACGCCGACGACGGCCCACAACUUUUUGUCUCUGACCCGAGCGGGACAGUAGCCGGCUACCACGGCAUAGCACUGGGGAAGGGGAAGACGGUGGCUAAGACGGAGCUAGAAAAACUGGAUUUUGAGUCACUCACCUGCGACGAGGCGGUGGUGCGGCUCACCAACAUCCUCCACGAGGUGCACGACAAAUCAAAGGAUAAGUUGUACGAAGUGGAGGUGGCGUGGGUGUGCGACAAGUCCGAUCAUGUUUUUCGGCAUGUGCCAAGCGACAUGAUUCCGAAGCCUUCUGAGCCGCAGUAG